AAGGACGUAACGGCGUACAAAAGGAAAGCAAAAACAUGCUGUAUUGUAAAUUUUUGUUUCUUUUCUUUCUCUUCCUUCGUGUAAAUUCGGAAGAACCACACUGUUCAAAGUAUGAUUUUGAAGAGAAAGUGUUGGAGAAGAUGGUUCGCAUAGAAUUUCAGAUGGAGAGGAUGAAAUCGGAGAUAGAACAAUCUGUCAAGUUUGUUGAAAAUAAGAAGACAGAGGUUGAUGCUACACUGAAGAAUAUUGACCAGCAGUUGGAAGACUAUAGUAACAAUAUUGAGAAGUUGGAAGCCCUUGGAACGAAAAUAUCGGAUACACUGACUGCAAAGCAGCAGGAGCUUGAGAAGAACAUUGAUGAAAAAAUGGCAAAGAUUGAAAAUAAGACAUUAGAGACGCUCCAAGCAAAGAUUCAAGAACUGCAAACUCUCAAAGAUGAAGCUGUAACACCAACAAUAACUUUCAAGGCAAGGUUGAACUCUGACAGUGCUGCUCCUGCAGGACAGACUUUUGUGUUUCCUACUGUACUCUUCAAUGAAGGAGAUGCAUACAGCUCCAGGACCGGCAAAUUUACAGCAACCACCAGUGGAACAUACUUGUUUACUGUGGUAUUUUGUGUGAUAAUCAACAAAGCUUUGACCAUCGGUCUUAUGGUGGAUGGUAGCAAGUAUACUGUGGCAGCAUUCUAUGGAGAUGCAAACUACGGGUGCUCAACUGCUGAUACAGUGGCUGUUUUGACAGCUGGGCAGAUGGUAUGGGUAGAGGCAUUAUCUGGUAGUAGCUCUGGUACAAUAAUAGAUCAAGAUACAAGUUACAGAUGGAACACAUUUUCUGGAACAUUAAUUCAUAAAUAAACAUCAUAUUGUGGAUACACUCAUCUUCAGUUGUUCUAGAGCAUCCACUGAAUGUGUAAUAAAUUUCAGAAAGCUUUAAGAAAUGUAUUAAUCAUAUAAUGACUAUAUAUAUAUAAGAUGCUCAUAUUCACUCAAGCAUGGUAUAUGGAGGACAUUUGUUUGUUUCAGUGAAGGACUGGAGUAUCUUUUGAAUGAACACUACAUGAGGAAAUGGCAUUGCAAUGGCAUAAUAAAAACUUAAAAACUUCAUUUUCACUAGAGAAAAUGAUUUUGAUCUUUACAAAACCUUUUUAUUUUCUGUAUUUUCAUCGGAUUACUGCGGUAAAUUUUAUACAAUAUCAUGGUGUAACAAUGUUAAUAUUGAACAAGAUGAAGUACUUCUUUCAGAUGUUUAUAGGUUU